AGUAGACCACUCUACCAUCGUGGCUUGAAAGUGUAUUGAUAAAUGGAACGCAGAAGCUUCACUGUGGCCGUUAAACUGACUCUCCUGCUCUCGGGGAUGGGGAAGAGUUAAUAGCCAAAGGCCAAGUUCUGGAUGUUCAGCACUUUGAACUUCUCUUGUGUUGACAGAGAGGCCCCGGAAAGGGAAAGCUGCCUCUUCCAAGUUCUGCAGAGAGAGCAGCAUGGCGGAAUUCACCGGACGAGACAUUUACCAGACACAGUUUAAUCCCAGAGCCUAUCUGGAAUAUUUCCAGUUUGGAGAAGGCACCUUGGGUGAUGAAGCCCUGGAAUUUUACCUGAAACAGCUUUGCAAGAUCUUUGCUUCAGGCCGCCUGAAAGGGGACACCCUGAUUGACCUGGGCAGCGGCCCCACCAUACACCAAUUCAUGUCUGCCUGUGAGUCCUUUGGGAGUAUUAUUGCCUCUGAUCCUGUUGUUCAGAACCGCCAGGAAAUCGAGAUGUGGCUGAAGAGCAAACCAGAAGCGUUUGACUGGACCCCUGUUGUGAAGUAUGUGUGUGAGCUGGAAGGACACAGGCUGGAAGACACCAUGGUGACGAUCCGGAGUGGAAAAGAAGAUUAUUUGCAGUAUUUUAAUCCCCACGGCUUUAUGAAAACCUACUAUACACAGAGCCUUGAUAUCUGUGCAAAGGAUGCCAUUUUAACUUUCACUCUGAAAAGCCUCCAGAAAGCCUUCGCAUCAGGAGGCCUGCAAGGAGACACCCUGAUUGAUAUUGGAAGCGGGCCCACCAUCCACCAGUUCCUGUCGGCCUGCGAGUCCUUCCGAGAGAUCGUGGCCUCAGAUUAUACCGACCAGAACCGGGAGGAGAUGCAGCGGUGGCUGAAGAGGGAGCCGGGAGCGUUUGAUUGGAGCGCAGUGGUGAAAUACGCCUGCCAGCUGGAAGGGGACAGGGAGACAUGGCUUGAAAAAGAAGAGAAGGUCAGAAGGACCAUCAAGCAAGUCCUCAAAUGUGAUGUGACUCAAGCCAAUCCUUUUGCUCCCUUGGCGGUGCCUCCAGCUGAUUGCGUGCUUUCUGUUCUCUGUCUGGAAACAGCUUGCAAAGACCUGCCAGCCUACAACUCAGCUGUGAAGAAUAUUGGCUCUCUUGUGAAGCCCGGAGGGCAUCUCAUCACGAUCAUAGCUCUUGAAGCAAACUACUACAGGGUUGGCAAGAAUCGGUUCUUCUGCCUCUACCUAAAGCAGGAAACUGUUAAUGAUGCUGUGAGAGGGGCUGGCUUUGAAAUUGUUUGGGCUGAUUUUAAACGAGUUAGUUUUUCACCAGAUGUGUCAGACAAUCGAGGCAGGUAUGCCUUGGUAGCCCAGAAACACCAGUGAAAUGUAUGGCCUAGUGUAUGAAUGGGGAAAAAAAGAAAACCAAAAUACAUUGAACAAGAACAAGAACACAAAAGGGAUUGAACUGCAUGUAAUAUAAGCUUAUUUGGGAGAAUAAGUAGAAGCAAGAUACUAUUUGGGAAAAGGGGCUGUAAAUUUAGUAGAAGAAUUUUUCUGCUCUCUCUCUCUGAGACUAAAUUAAUAAAGCAUGAACAAUGUUAAACAUCUAUUAGGGAAUGUGAAUGAAUUGAAUUGUCCUUUACAAAUACAAAGGAUGAAAGUGGGACUUAACAAGAAGGGAGACAUUCUGUUCAUGCAAGACUCAUCAUGUAAAACUGGAGCACACAAAACACAAAUUAAUUGUGCAGCGUGUUCCUGACAAUGAACCAGAAAAAGUGAGGAAAUGUAGUCCUGGGAAAUGUAGUCCUCGGCCAUCCAGGAAGGUCUAGAUUCCAGCUCCUUCCGGAGGGGCAAGGGAUAUGCUUCCCAGUAGCCCUUUCAAAGACUGUCACUGUAGGGAAUGCUGCUAUCUUUGCACAAGCAUUCUCCAAUGAGGAGGGGGCAUUGCAAAAGUGGUGGCAUAAAGGCAACAGGCACAUUACUAGCUCCACCCCACCCCCCUUACAAAGUGAGGAUUCAUCUUUGCAUAUGUGAGAGAGUUCUCUUUAUCUUCAAAGGAACCCUGCUGGUGCUCCCCCUUUGCAAAGCUGAGAUCCAGCUUUGUAAACAGGGUGUGUAUGCCAAUGGAGGUGGGGAGAACUCUCCUCAUCUUCAUAGGCACCCUGUUGCCGCCGCCCCCCUUUGCAAAGCCGGGAUCCAGCUUUGCAAACUGUGUGUGUUGGGGGUGCCUAUGUAGAACUGGGGAACACUCCCCACCUUCACAGGCACCCUGCUCCCCCCGCCACACCUAGUAAAGCCAGGAUCCAGCUUUGCAAACAACAGUUUUCAAGAGCCCACUGUAUUUUCUCACUCAAUGGGUUUUAUUGCUAGUCUGCCAUGCAUGUGGUUUCCCUAAAUAAAACAAGCACAUUCAGCAGUAAGGUACCAAUUUGAAUGACAUAGUAAUUAGAGUCUCAGAAGGGAGUUCGUUUUUGAAGGAAGGCUGAAUUGUCUUAAAAUAGCAUUUGGUUCAGUAUAUGUCCCCAGUUAAGACCAAAACCCAUUCCUUAAACAAAUGAUGGAUCUGUUACACAGCUGAGCAGAUUGUGAGGUAUUCCUUACAGGAGACUUUAACAGUAUAUUUGAUCUUAUCUCUGAUACUCUGGGGAGAACAUUGCAUAAAAAUAUAUUCCCCAGAGAGUAGCUGAAAGAAACAGUUUGUAGGAUAUCUUUAGAUACUUCCCAUCCAAACAGCUUAUACCUUCUAUUUGCAUGCUGUAAAGUCCCCUUUCUGCAUUUAUUAACUGUUUUGUAUCCCUUGGAUAGCGCACAGCUUAAAAAGAGAUGAACUGCCUGUUAUCUGCUUCUAGAUACAUUUUAUAGACUAGUUCUUUUGCUGUGUUGUAACAGACUGUAUUGUGACUGGGGGUGACAUUAUUGCUUAUUAAGCUGUAUGGAAGAA